AUGAAAUCCUUUCGUCUGCGUCGGAACGCUUCUUUAGUUUACAACAGCAUCUCGCCACUACUUACGUUGGAUUUGGCAAAAUCUAAAAACCUAAAUUCUGCAUUCCACGGAUUCAGUGGCACGGUGCUCACGCAGCCUGAGAUCGCUAAGCUAAUUGACGCAAUGAGAUGCGAUGAGGUGGAAACAUUUGAGACCUUCUGCUAUGAGCACAUUCAAAACUUUAGGGUUAAUGUGGUGCUGACUCACUUACCAUGUGUGGAAUACAUGGCAUCUACAUUUUGGAAAGCUCUCUACGGCGUCAACUUAUUGCAUUUGGCAUGCAUUUUGUCAGCGCAUUCCAUCAUUGGCAGCAUCCUAAAACACGAUGUCAAACGCGUCCUAACAAACGUGCGUGAGCUUCUUCCUGAUUUUCGAAGAAAUUUUACCAAAAAUACAAGUUCGAAAUUUAACAUAUAUGAAGAAGUUUCGGCCGUCCAUAUUUGUGGUGCUUUGGGCGACUAUGCGGGUCUGCGGAAGCUGCUUAAGGCAAACUUCAAUCCCGCCUCACAGGACAUUUUGGGUCGUACGCCAUUGCAUUACGCCACUCAAACCAACCUACCCAUGGUAGUGAUGCUGCUGUCCAAGGAUCCUACUCCCAUACACAUUCAGGAUAAAUUUGGAAAGCUGCCCGUGGAUUAUUGCCUAAGCUAUCAGCCCCAAAAUAUUCGAGACUUCCUCAACGAACAGUCGAAAGCGCCUUCAUCCGCGUUCGUGACGGACAAUGACGAAGUAGAAAUGGAUGUCAUAUCAACGGAACAGGAAGAAACCGACUCUAACUUGAGCAUGGCAUUGAACUUUGAGGCCUAUCUUUGUACCCAAAUUAAUCCACUUUACUGCUACAAAGGUCACACAUACUGCGAAUGUUGCGAUGAUGCCUUCAACCACGAAGUUUUCAGUGGACAUGCAGUGUUAGACAAACUGGUUGCAAGCCGAAAGGACCGAUUUAUUAAGCGGCCGACGAACACCUUCGGACAAUUUGAAACACCCUGCUCCAGUGUCAUGGCUGAGUUUGUGAGAAUGACAGAUGAUACACCAAUGGAGGACUUGGAAAAGCUAUUUUUUCGCAUCUGGAAGCUGCGAAAGCCCGGUCUAGUGCUGUCUCUUCAUGGUUCAGUUCCGAUGGGGAAGGCAUCCCAAAAGCGCUAUGGUCAAUAUGGUAGCGUCUCGGAAGUAAUGUCCCUUGGUAUGUGCGGCUAUGUUGAGGCCUAUAGGCUGAAAAGUCUGCAAGUAAUUGGGAUAGUUCCAUGGCGACGGCUGCCUUUUCAGUCGCAUCUUCGAUCCUCAAACUAUAUGGUAGGUCCUGAGGCUCUUAGAGCACACGGAUCGACUCAAGUUGAAUUCCCUCAGAAGGGCUCCAAGACCGAGCUGCACACUCCACUGGCGCCGUAUCACACCCGGUACCUAUUCGUUGACUCGGGCCCCAAAAAUGACAUUCACUGCAUUCAGGAAUUUCGUACUAGAUUUGAAGCUUGGCUCUCAAAAAUGACGUUUCGUCCUGAAAGCUGCAAUCUUACUUACAACACCCCUGUUUGUGGAAUUCUGGUCGCUGGAAGACCUGAGGAUGCUCUGGGAGUUUGCGAGGCUCUAAAAUGCAAUAUCCCAUUUGUGGUAGUGGCCGAUAGCGGUGGGCUUGCGUCCAUAAUCGACCAGUGUCUAUCAGAAACGAAAUAUAUUCGCGAAAUUAGCCAGCAUUACACGGAAGAGGCAUUUGGAAUCUUUGGAGCUGAUCAUGAGAGAUUAUUGGAAAUUAUGUUGCAGUACUGGCCAGAAACACAUCUUAGUGAGGAAUUAACUGCUUUGGUGACCUCUAUUCUUGGCUAUUCACACUUGAUGCAGUUCUUCUUCGCGGAGUCUAAUUCUGAUGCAUCACUUGAUGGAAAGAUUGUGUCAGCGCUCAUAAAUCCCGCCCUAUUCCAAGAUGUCAGCAGGAAACAAUCGUGGAAACCACGGCUAAAAUUGGCGAUGGAACUUAAUAAGACCGACUUUGUUCUGGAAGAAAUUUUGGCUGACAGUCAAUGGACACUUGAGGAAAUUAGUCCGUUCGCUAGGAGCUGUCUCCUUACAAACAAACCGCAAUUUCUGCGUCUCUUUUGCGACGCAGGCCUUUAUAUACAUGAGUUCGCAGAUCGAAAGGCAGUUGAGGAGCUAUUCACCAUAGAGGCGCACAGAAAUACCGUCGGAGGAAGGGCUUUGAAACAGUUUUUUCUGUACUAUAAACGCAAAGUACCAGCUAAUAUAACGGUGGAUAUAGUGGAGCAGACGCUUACGAUUAUGAUGGGACGCAAGUACUUUACUCAUGUCACACGCGGUGGUCGUCGAUGCCGAUGUGUGAUACGGAAAUCGAAGGAAGCCUCGUCGAAGAAACAAGUUGAAGUAAUUGAGCAAACGUCGUAUCUUCAUGAAAACGAAAGUUACGUACAAUACCUCUACUUAUGGGCGCUUGCCUCGAAACGCUAUGAGAUAGCGCGCUAUUUGUUGAUGAUGCUCACUGAUAUAACUGCGGCGGCGCUGUUCGGUGCAUCUUUUCUGCGUCGAAAGGCACGAAUUUCGCGAUCACCAACAGACAAUGAGGAGUCGAAAAAUUACGCCCUUGCCUUCGAGAACAUCGCCCUCUCUAUUUUAAACCAAUGCUACAGCAGCAAUGUUGAGAGCACAAUGCAACUUCUCAUAAUGGAACGGCAAACAUUCGAACAGCUUUCAUGCUUUGUGAUAGCGGCUGAGGGCAACUGCAAACACUUUAUGGAGCAUCAGGCCUGCCAAGAGUACCUCGACCGAGUUUGGGCGCACACCUUGCUCGUGAGAGCCGGCUCGAUCAAGUUCUUUUUCAUUCUCUUCGUUGGUAUUGCCUGUCCACCCGCCAUUCCCUUCAUUGCCGAUUAUGAUGAAACAAAAUAUGCGCAGAAAUCUUCCGACUCUGUUGAUGAUGUGGCCUACUCAGUGCUCUUCUGUCUUUUCGCAAUAAAGCUUCAAUUCGAAUUUACGUUAUCUAACUACGGCUGGAUGGCUGUAGAAACUGCUAUCAUCCUCAUGGCGACAGCUCACUUCAUUGAAUACGUCAAAAACACUCUAACAAAUUGGAUAUCAUGGCGCAACUUCAUCCGUCAACGAAUCAACCAAUUUUCAUCGGCCGCUUUCGCGUUUUAUGUGGUUGGCGUAACGCUCCAGGUCAUUUUCAUCCUUCCAACUCAAAGGAGCUUUGUCUUUGAACAAUUCAGUCGAAUUUGUCUAGCAUUCGGCGCCGGCAUACCCGUUCAACAGCUCCUUCUGUUACUUUCUAUUCAUCGGUAUAUCGGUCCCAAAUUGCAGAUGAUCAGGAAGAUGGUUGUGAGGGAUUUGUUGCCGUUUCUGGUGAUAGUUCUCAUAUUUUGGAGCAUGUACACCAUCAUCUUCUCAGUCGUUAUCCUGCGGCCAAGCGGCUCUUACGAUACCUAUGGUGCCAUCUCUCGCCUUCUUCGCAUUAUGCGAUCUGGAUUCUUCCAGAUGUUUGGCGAAUUCAAUCUCGAGGAGCUUCUACACUAUUAUGGAAAUUCAACCUGUGGAAAUGUCACAACUUCCGGAUGCGCCUAUCCAUAUUUUAAAUUCCUUCUUCCAAUACUCCUUUCUCUUUUCACCUUGACGACGCACGUAUUACUGAUUAACUUGCUUAUUGCAAUCUUUACAAAAACAUAUGAUGAUAUGGAAGCCGAAUCUCAGCAACUCUGGACAAUGCAGAGAUAUGCGUUGAUAGGCAGUAUUCUCUCGCAGUCAGUCAUGCCUGCAACUCUCUCCAUCUUUCCACUGCUUUACCAAUGUUUCCGACGUUUUAAUCAAAGUCAUGAUCACAAGGAUUCCUUCAAGCAGAAGCCAUUUCGAGGUCAGAACUGUGGUGAAGAGACUGAAAAAGAGAAGAAUGUUCAGAGGGCCUCACGAGGGGCUGUGCGCAGUAAUCAGGAGGACCAUUGGCAUCUCCUUAAUCGCCUUCGACCCGCAGACAUCAAGACCGGCCUUAAAAAGCCCUUGCUUGAGCAGAAAAUCGAGAACAUUGAUAAGACUCUGGAGUCUAUUAUGACACUUGACCCAUUUCCAGACUAUUCGCCAAUUCGAUGGCGACCCAAUGGCUAUUUGAUCCCCGCCUGGCAGAUGACCGUAGGUGAGACCUCACCGAGCACACUAGAGAAGAGGCACGCUUCCUGCCGCAUUCUCUCAGUGGAUUCCAGUGUGAUGACGACUACUUCUUCCUCGCCCGUCAGGUCGGAGGAGGCGCUUCGGAAUCCUGAGGGUCGUGUUGGCAUUGCCGGAAGGGGACUGCUACCCCAAUUCGGCGGCAACUCCGCCUGCAUUGUCGUCGUCGAGCGAAGUGGGUUCAGCGACGUCGAAGAGGUGCUCCUUCUUAAGGGCGUUCGAGCACAGGCCCAGUUUCCAUGGUUCCUCUGCUACCAUGAAAAGGACUGUGAUCAAAUUUCUUGUCAUAAGGAGCUUGUAAGAGGAUUCUGCGGGCAAAUGAUCGUGGUGGGUGAAAAAUCUGUAAUGAUUGAUUCUGCAGUCUUGCAACGACUUAUUGCCACAUACAGUAAAAAUGUGUAUGUAGGGCCAGUUUCUGAUCCAAUAAACUGUGACAAUGCGUGGCUUGAAGUAACGAUCGCUCACUUUAAGAUUAUCUCACCGUUCCCAUCUAUUUGCAACGUUGAACGGAUUUUCAAAACUAAAGGAGGCACGACGAUGUGGGCAAGACUUGAUGAUCUACCGCCUAUGCGAAAGAGCCACUUGGAGGGGCUGAAAGCAAUCUAUGCGAACUAG